AUGGACAGUACCCAUAACCGCGGUCCCCAGCAGGCUGCGCCACCCACGCCGCCUCGCUCCGCCUUCCCGACUCCCGCGCCUCCCGCACCCCGGAGGCGCCUCCGCUUUUCAGCAACCCGCAGCGAGCGCAGCGCGCAGCCCAGAGAGACGAUGUUUACCGUGGUGACCCGCCAGCCAUGUGAACAGGCAGGCUUCAGGGCCCUCUCGAGGACUCCAGCCAUCGUCACCUUGGUGGUCCUGCUUGUGAGCAUUGUGGUACUUGUGACACUUACACUCAUCCAGAUCCACCACCCACAGGUUCUCCCUCCAGGGCUGAAGUAUGGAAUUGUGCUGGAUGCGGGCUCUUCCAGAACCACUGUCUACGUGUAUCAGUGGCCAGCAGAGAAGGAGAACAACACGGGCGUGGUCAGCCAAACCUUCAGAUGCAGUGUGAAAGGCUCUGGAAUCUCCAGCUAUGAGAAUAACCCCCAAGAUGCCCCCAAAGCCUUUGAAGACUGCAUGCUAAAGGUCAAGGAACAGGUCCCAGAGCACCUCCACGGAUCCACCCGUGUUUACCUGGGAGCCACAGCUGGGAUGCGCUUGUUGAGGUUGCAGAAUGAGACAGCGGCUCGUGAAGUCCUUGAGAGCAUCCAAAGCUACUUCAAGUCCCAGCCUUUUGAUUUUAGGGGUGCUCAAAUCAUUUCUGGGCAAGAGGAAGGGGUGUAUGGAUGGAUUACAGCCAACUAUAUAAUGGGAAAUUUCCUGGAGAAGAACCUAUGGCACAUGUGGGUGCACCCGCACGGAGUAGACACCACAGGAGCCCUGGAUUUAGGUGGCGCCUCCACCCAGAUAUCCUUUGUGGCAGAAGAGAAGAUGGAGCCGAACGCCAGCGACACGGUUCAGGUGUCCUUGUACGGCUACACAUACACUCUCUACACGCACAGCUUCCAGUGCUACGGCCGGAACGAAGCAGAGAAGAAGUUUCUGGCCAUGCUUCUGCAGAGCCCUUCCACAGAAGCCACCAUCAGCAAUCCCUGCUACCCUCAAGGUUAUAGUACCACCUUCACCUUGGGCCAUGUGUUUGGCAGCCUGUGCACAGAGAAGCAGAGACCAGAGAUCUACAACCCCAGUGAUAACGUCACCUUCACAGGAACUGGUGACCCACGGCUGUGCAGGGAGAAGGUGGCUUCUGUGUUUGAUUUCAAUGCUUGCCAAGACCAAGAUGCCUGUUCCUUUGAUGGCAUUUACCAGCCCAAGGUUCAAGGGCCAUUUGUGGCAUUUGCAGGCUUCUAUUACACGGCCAGUGCGCUAAAUCUCUCGGGAAGCUUCUCCCUUACCUCCUUCAACGACAGCAGCUGGGACUUCUGCAGACACACUUGGAUCGAGCUCCCAUCCUUGCUCCCCAGAUUUGAUGAGACGUACGCCCGGUCCUACUGCUUCUCAGCCCACUACAUCUACCACUUGCUCGUAAAUGGAUACAAGUUCACCGAGGAGACUUGGCCUCAGAUACGCUUUGAAAAAGAACUGCAGUGA